CUGCGAAUUCCAACAGCAUCGACCAGGCCACGGUCUUCUGCUUGAGCAUACCGUAUUGUACAUGCUCUAAGGUCUUCUCUUGUCAGGUAAUGUAGCGAUCUCUGCGGAUUAAUUCUAAACGUGAUUCUAAACGACUUAUGUCGCUGCUUGAAGACAUCCCUUGACCACUGAGAAAUCGUAAGCUUUAUUUACCAAAAUGGCGGAUCAAGUACUGGCAGAACUGGAGGCCGCUGCACAAGUUAUUUUGGCUCCACCGAAUCUCAUCACAGGCCAGCAACGACAGUCAGCAGAGACGGUGUUUCUUAACUUUCGUAAAACUAAAUCUCCAUAUCAGCUCUGCAGAGAGAUCCUUGAACGAAGCUCUGUCGAUUACGUACUAUUUGAAUCAGCAGGAUUGAUUAAGUCUGCCCUAAUCAGAGAAUGGGUAAUGAUGCAGGAUGAGGAUAUCAGGUCACUAAGACAGUACCUGUUGCAUUAUAUUAUAAGCAAACCUCAGUUGGCUCCCUUUGUCAGGGAGAGAAUACUUCAGGUCAUUGCUAUUAUGGUAAAAAGGGGCAGUGUUGAAGACUUGGGACGAGAUCGUGGCCAGAUACUGAAUGAAGUUGAGGGACUUAUCAUGACUGGUGAUUUACGCAGGCAACUGUUAGGAUGCAGCAUAAUAUCAGCUUUAAUGCAGGAGUAUGCAACAACUGUUAAAUCUUCAGAUGUAGGAUUGGCCUGGGAGGUUCAUUUUAAGGCUAAGAAGCAAUUUGAAAUCUCAGAUUUGAAAAGGAUUUUCAAGUUCUGUUUUGGGGCCCUGGGAGAGCUGACCAAAGAAGAAAUUCAAGAGGCUCUACUGCCUCUGAUAAAACACCUGCUUUCUAUAACUGAAGGCGUCUUAGUAUGGGGAUACGUAUCACCACACUUGCCCAAAAGAUUAAUUGGUGUAUUUGAAUCUGCCUACGAGUCCGACAGCAGUCCUGCCCUCCGACUUGGUCCCAUGUGGAGAGAUGUAAUCCUUGAUCCUAAUGUUCUCGAUCUCUUCUUCACUCUCUACUGGAAAGUUCGUACCAAUCCACAGCUGGCUCAUCACGCAAGAAACUGUUUGGUACAGUUGGCAACAUUAAACGGGCUAGUGAUUGAGUCUGGGGAAGUAGAGACACAAUAUCUAACAUCCUAUCUACAAAGCUUCUUGAAACUCGUGUCGAAUAUUGACGUUAUAGACCAAGAAGCGAUAGGAAUAUCUAACAUGGUUAGAAAAGUAAUAACCUUCUUCAGAGCAACCUUAACCUCAUUACCUGAAGACAUCCUCAGGUCAUUCAUGGAACAGAUGACUCGCCUGACUUGCUUGUUUGCAGAAGGAGCUGCGCAGGAGGAAUCUAUGUGUGCUGAUGACUGUCUGUAUAUGGAAGCCUUUGAACACUUGCUGGAAGCUUGGAUUAUAGUUUUGUCUGAGGCACAAUUGUUUCCGUCAGAAUUUUGCAAGCAAAGUUCAGCCCAGAUAUUUAAUACUUAUCUGAGUUGCCACCUGGCUCCGCCGGAUGGCAACAGAGGUGCUGGAGGCAAAGAGCUCAAUGACGAAGAAAUAGAUGCAACUGAAGAAAACGACAGAGAUAAGUUCAAGGAACAAUUGCAGACCAUUGGAAAUUUCGGCCGGCAAGUUCCUGGUCAUUCCUUACCCCUUUUAGCACGUCUCCUUGAGGAUAGAACAAACAGACUUAGUGGUCAACUGAAUAGAAUGGCAGAUCAGUCGCAGCCCAUGAGUAUAUCGAGCUCGUCACUUGUAGAAGCACUCUACGAGGACAUACACUGGCUUGUGCUUUUAGCUGGUCAUGUUUUGUGCAUGGAUUCUGAAGGUGAAGUUGCUCUGGUACCAUCUGAGAUAAUGAGAUACAGCAUGGAUCAGACCCAGCAAGGUCAAGUAAACGUAGAAACGACAAUGAGACUCUUGGCCUCCCCUCAAAAUAGUCUGUCUGAUAUUGAUGGAGCAGAACAAUCAGCAGAUCAUGUCAUUAGAUUGAUAUCGGCCGUAUUUCGGCUCUGUCAAUUGGAGAAAAUCGCGAUUUCAGCCAAUCUGACGAAUAUGUUGAGCCCGGAAUUGAGCAGCAGUAUUGUGUGGUUCUUGCACAGGUGGUCAUUGAGCUAUCUCCUACCAAUUGAGAGCUUCUAUUCGGAGAUUAGUACUACCAUCUUACAGGCAUUUGGUGCCGAUACACCUGGCGCGCUAUGGACAGUUAGUUUUUUACUAGAGAAAAUUGAGUGCAAUAUUAACGUCUUCAAAGGAGAACCAAAUUUGAUAAAAGAAACCAUGCGGCUUCUCAUUACGCUAGUUGAAUCACAAAUAAAAAGUGACUGUGUAUUGAAGUCAGGCCGUUUGUGCAACUUGGUUAAUUUGGCGACAAAAGAUCGUUUCGAUCUACCACAGGCAGCUAAGCGCGGACUGAUGCGAACUUUAGUACAAAUUGGAACGGCCGUUCAAGAUCCAUCAUCUAAACAGCAAUAUUGGGCUCAAACCUUGCAACCUUUAGAUGAACGAUUUAAACAGCUUACUGGUAGCAGUAAUUUUGCUCAGACGUAUCACCAAGAACAAAUCAGGCUGGGGAUUAUCGACGUUCUUGAAUCAUUCGUUGGAGUUACUCAAGGAGUUCAAGGGCCAGUUGCGGAAGGCGUAUUUGAACGUAUAACGCCCGUUUUGAACGAGCUUCCCAAUCUCUUGUCAUUGUACCAUAACUAUCAAGAAAUUGUUCAGCUAAUAUUAGAAUUAUUUUGUGAAUGCACUCGACGAAUGUUAUGCUACCUACCCCAGGGAGACAGCAUACGAAUUUACGAGAUAUGCUUGCGUACUAUUCAAACAUAUGCUCGUUGCAAUACGAAUCGAACGACUGUAGAGAAUACGGCUGAGGAAGACACUUUUCAAGAUAUUCUAUUACUUAUGCAACUUCUCACCAAUUUAUUAACUAAGGAAAUAAUCGACUGCAGUCAUACAGAGCCAGCGGGUAAUCCAGAACAGAAUGUGUCACCUGUUAACGUAUUCUUAUUCGGAUUGAAUAUCAUUAUGCCUUUAAUGACAAUGGAUUUACUGAAGUUUCCUUCCCUUUGCCUGGAGUACUUUAAAAUGAUCACGUUUGUUUGUGAAAUCCAUCCAGAAAAAGUGUUCGACCUCCCAGUUGAGUUGCUAAGUCAAUUACUAGCUUCCGUUGAACUGGGUCUUUUCUCAUUUGGUCAUGAGAUUACCAUAUUGUGUUGUGACAUAAUACAAGUAUUAGCAAAGCAUAUUUAUACUGAGGGAAGAAAAGGCCGACCAAAAAACCAGCUGAUGGCGCCUUUUAUGAAUUUGCUCAUGAAUCUUAUACUGUCUCGCCAAAUAAAUUCUGACCUUAUUUCAAGUACGAGCAUACCGCUGUACUACUUGAUCUGUUGUUAUCAAGAACAGUAUCAACAGCUGGUACAAAGUUUUUUGGCUGCACAAACAGACCCACGGAUAGCAGAGCGGCUGACUGCAGCUUUUGUGCAAUUGACAGCUUGCAUAGAACUCGAUACGGAACGACCUCAAAGGCUGAGGUUUAGGGAUAAUUUCGAUAAGUUUAUUGUAAACGUACAAGGAUUUUUGAUGGUUAAGUAAAGUUUUGCGAACAUGAGAUUAUUUAAUAAUACAUCUAUAAAUUGUAAUGUAGCCGUGGCUAGCCAAGCCCAGAUAUCAAUAUGACUGCCGAAAAUCGCGAUUACAAUAAUUCGGUAUCUGCAAUGAUCCUCGAUCAGAGGGUAACGUUUCGCAAACAUUUUUUCAGGUGCCACAAUUAUUGUUAAGCCAUCUCCAAUUUUCUACGUCGCAACCCACAAAACGAAACUACCAACAAAAUUGAUAAAAAUCCUAGUACUUUGCUCUAUUAGUGAUAGCCCACCGCAUUCCAUUGAAGAGUGUUUUACUUUUCUUCUGGAAUUGAUAAUAUUGCCCACCCCCUCAUGAUUUCAUUAUCUUUUGCUCUCGAAUAUCGUCCUCAAUGAGUAUUUUGAAUCUUAGAGAGAAAUGUUUAUUAUCUAGUCGGAAUCCAUGAGGACGAAUCUUCAAUUCGUUGGUAGUUGCUGGUAUAGCGGUCCAUUGAUUGGCAUUUUACGAGAUAUCGGAGCAUUGUGAAUGUCACUGCUAAAAUACUCCCGAGGCUAUUGUUCACUCUGCAAUUCCCUUAAAUUAAAAAAACACCACGUUAUGACACAUGGAAUCUUCAAUUAAUAGUAUCAUUAGUACGUAAUAUAUUUUUUACUCAAUUAACUCCAUUUCGUCAAGACAUAUUUUUGUGUAUAAUUCUAUUUGAUUCUAUUCAAUACUUACAAAUUAGUAUCUCGUCAACUGUAACUGAUUUUUCUAUGAUAGAAUCAGGGUACCACAUUGCAUAUAAUUCAUUCGACGUCUCAUACUGUAGAUUAGUGUUAAGUUAAAAUAGGAGUCAAUUGUAAGUUAUUGUAACACGUAGAAUUAUAAGUGAACAAAGAUUGAUUUCAAUAUGCAUAUAUAUUGACAGGUGUUCAUUUAUAUCAUCAUUUACAGUUUUGGUCAUAUCUAGUAUACUUACUAGUAUAAUUUUAUAGUAAAGUUUUAUCAGCCUCGAUGAUUUAAACUUGAUAGUCUUUCGUUGCAUGCUGAAAUGGGUACACACUGCGAAUAAUUUUUAUUCAUUUUCUUAAUUCGUGAAAAUUUUUAAUUACCCGAAAUAUUCUAAUAUUUCGCCCAAGUUAAGUUAUAAAUAUUCCGGUGAAACCUAUCAUUUCUCAGCUCCAAAUUUGUCAAAAACAUGAACUAGAUAUACGUAAAUAUAUAAAUUGGGUUUCACUCAGGAUUUAAAAAAUUAUGAACAAGGAUUAUUAGGGAUAAUUUAGUAUUUAAGGCGUAACUAUUGUCUUGCAGCUAUCUUCGUAUAUUGAAGUUUCUCUGUUUGUAUCAGUUUGUGUAUUUAUCGAGAGUUUAUUUUUUUCAAAAAUUCUUUAUAAAUAUAUGUAAUUAUAUUAAAACGUGAUGAAUUGCAUGUACAUACAUAAAUAACUGCAAAGUAAUUAAUAUAGUAAAAAAGAAAAUGAUUGGUAUGAAAGUAAUUGAAUGGAAAACAUCGUUAUAUUUUGGUGUGCUUUAUAUCACGUGUUGAAUUCGAAGAUUUCGCAUCUAAUUUCACUCUAACUUGAAUUACGAACUAGUAUUGACCAAACUAUUACACUGUCUUGCUCUCCUUCUCUCUUUUCGUCUUUUUCAUUGUAGUUAUUACUCUGCCAAAUUAGAAACAGUAUCGUAUGUAGACAUUGAUUAUUUUUAUGGUUUCAGGUUUUUAAUUGGCUUUUAUUAUUGUGUGAUUAUUGUUUGGCUCACAAAAUGUAUUUAUAUAUCUGCGGUUUUGAAUUUCAACGACAUUCAAAUCUUCUCAAUUUAACAGUUUGCGUGCCUUUGAGAAAGAUUUUAUAUAUAAGAUAAAAUAUGAAUUCUGGAAAAUAGGGUUUCCAAAUUGUUACAAACUUCCUCACUUGCGUUUUCUUUGCUCGAAUUUUCUAAAUACUAACCGUAUAUUUUGUUCCUUAUUUCUAGUUGCCUUUUGCCGAAAAUACUUAAUUAAAACGAUACGUACGUUGCAUUGUUAGAUAUCAUUAUCACUAGAAGUGAAAGUGAUUCAUUAAUUUGUUUAUAUAACAGAUGUUACAUUACUGUAAGUACGAAAAAGACGAUGAUAAAGUAACAAUAUAUUUAAUUACCACGAUAUAUUAUCAAAUAGCUUGCUGUGAAAUUCGAACUGUAUCGCAAUUGUUCAAAUUGAAUUUUAAAAAUGAAGGAAAAAAUAAUGGAAAUAAAACUAAGUACGCAGUUUCAGGAACCGUCCUUUAACUUCUAUAAAAUGAUUUUUUAAAUGAAGUAACGUAUGUGAUGUAUGCACAUACGAAUGUAAUUUCUCAUCCAGAUGUAGUGUUUAUACACAAAGAAGAGACCAGAAACAAGACUACUCACGUCAUGAGUGGAAGGUAAAUAACAAAAACGGUUCGGAGAAAUAAUUUAUUCUGAAUGCUAAAUAUUUUACGAAUUGUGUAUUAUAAUUUUUGAAUAUAUAACUAACGAAUGUUCUAACUAUUUA